AUGGAGUCUAAAGCGAAGUAUCAUCAUAUUGAAGAAGAAUUAAAAUUGACCUGCUCAGAACAAUUGACUCUUGCUUCAAGAGGUUACAAAAUCAUCAAAAAAGUCAAUGAAGGAUCUUAUGCAAAGGUAUACUUAGCGGAGUACAGAAAUGCCAGUAAAAACGAUAAGCUCUCUAUAUUGGCUUGUAAAGUAAUCGACACCAGUACUGCACCAAGAGAUUUUGUGAAAAAGUUUCUACCGAGAGAGAUAGAGAUGUUAAUAAAACUAAGUCACCCACAUUUAGUUCACACUCACAGCAUCUUCCAAAGGAGGUACAAGUAUUUCAUAUUCAUGCGUUACAUGGAGCGCGGGGACUUGUUGGAGUUUGUUUUGCAGAGAGGCGCUGUGCAAGAAGACCAGGCUAGGAUAUGGACGCGGCAACUCGCCCUAGCGAUUCAGUAUAUGCACGAACUCGAAAUAGCUCACAGGGACAUAAAGUGCGAGAACGUUCUACUGACGGCCAAUCAGAAUGUGAAAUUAUCCGAUUUUGGUUUCGCUCGAAUGUGUGUCGAUAAGAAAUUAAAUGAAAUACGCAGUGAAACUUUCUGCGGUUCCUUAUCGUACACAGCACCCGAGAUAUUACAGGGGACGCCGUAUUUACCGAAACCGACCGACGUUUGGUCUCUGGGAAUAGUCGUUUAUGUUAUGUUAAACAGAGCGAUGCCUUUCGAAGACAAACACAUCAAGCAACUGCACCAGGCACAGAUUAAUAAGAACUGGAAGUUUAGAUCACGCUAUAUCGACACCAUCUCCGAUAAUUGUAAACGGCUGAUUGGACUUAUGUUAGAACCGAAUCAUCAGAAUCGUCUCAAAAUAUACGAUAUAGUUAAUAGCGAAUGGAUCGCGAUGGAUUCCCGUUUAUUAGAGUGGACUCCGCAAGAAACUUUGGCGUAUAAGAAAGCACGUGAGGAGAAAAAUAAGUUACAUAAAACUGUGGAAACUGUUGAAUUACCAGGAUCCAGCAAGACAGAGCACAAAGUUUGUUUACCAGACUCUCUUGUAGAAAAUAAUUUAGACGGUGCAGCUUCGACGUCUUCUUAUGUACGAUAA